AUGGGUUCGAAUCCAGGGUGGUCGAGGGAUGAUGACAAGCGUUUUGAGAAAGCUCUGAACGUAUACCGGGACGAAAGCUCGCCGACUUUUUUUGAGGACAUCGCCCUUUUUGUGAAAAAACCGAUCAAUGAGGUGUAUUACUACUACAAGGCGUUGGUCGACGAUGUUGAGCUCAUCCAAUCGGAUAACUUUGACUUGCCUAGGUACCAAGAGGACGAUUACAAGUCACUGAAGGAGGUGACUCAGUCCAAUAACAAGGUUAAGGAGAAAGCGAAGGGAAAUCCUUGGACAGCAGAGGAACAGAGGUUGUUUCUAGAAGGACUAGAGAAGUUCGGGAAAGGAGAUUGGAAGAACAUAUCGAGGGAAUGUGUGAAGUCAAAGAAUCCGAUGCAAGUGGCAAGCCAUGCUCAGAAGUAUUACAUAAGGCAAAAUUCUGACAGGAAGAAGGGGAAACGCUCGAGUAUCCAUGACAUGACUCUGGGAGAUGUGCGGCCGCCACACGUAACCGUCCCUGGAUCCAACUUGAAGCCUAUGGGCGGGCAGCCAGAAUUUGGUGGCCAAAUUCCUCCGUGUCAAAACUAUUAUCCCCAAAACAACGUCGGGCCUUUGUGA